AAAGCUGGGGGAGGAACCACCUGCGGUAAUACACACGUCCCCAAAGGGAGAAUAAUCCUCAAACAGUAUAUUCAUCACACAAAUCCUUGUCCCUGUUUUUUCUUUUUUUUUUACGUGAUAACACUUAGACGUCGUGCUGCAAAAAAAUACUCCCUACUGCUGUGGAAAAUAGUUCCUGACAAAAGCACAGUUUGCUGGGGAUUCUUGGCUCCCUUUACAUAAACAAACAGCAUUUUCAGGCAUUUGCUUUCAUUCUCUUUAGCCUUUAUAAAUACCAAACCAACACAUUACAAGGUUAAAAGCCACAGGCAGCAGAAAAAAAAGACUGGUUUGAACUUUUUUCUUUUCACUGUAAGACAAAGACAAACACCUAAUUUUAGGUCAAUAGCUUUAAGGCUCAGUACUAUUCCUGUCACAUCUCUGUUUUUCACUGCACUUUAUCCUAUUAGUCACCAAAUCUAUGUUCACUAAAUAACACAUACAAUAUCAUAAUUUAAUAUGGAGAAACGGUUAAUAAUAUUUUUCAUAGUAGCAAUUUUAGUUUAACAUAGUAUAGAGUUUAACAUAUAUUAGUAUAGCAUAUAUAUAUAUAUAUCCAUAUAUUAGCAUAGCAUAUAUAGCAUCAAAACAUACUGCAUGUAAUACCACAGCAUUAUGUAUAUCAACGCACACUGAAUGUACUACCACAGCAUACAAACUACUACAGAAUGGUUAGCACUGCAACAAACAAAAUACCACAUCUUAUACUGUAUAAGCUGCAGCAUUUUGCUCCAGGGUUAAAAAAAAAAAAAAGAAGCUAAAUCUACUGGGAGCUGCCACAUCAUGAAUAAUACAUUGAGUCUCUGAGCUAACGUAGCUAAUUAAUGGAAACAUAUUUUAUAGUUGGUGAGUUAACAGUGAGGGAGAUGUUCUAACGCUGAGAGGGCAGGAAACCAAGGUCACAGAGAGAGUAUUUAAAAGUAAGACGCAGACAAAUAAUAAUAAACAGUUGAUGGCUAAGAAAAAAGAUAAAAUAAAGAUAAGAUAAAUCUUUCAAAGAUAUGAUUUUUUUAUGUUGCUUACAUUUUUUAUAACAUCACAGCAAUACUGAAUCUGGGUAUUUCCUUUUUCUGCGCAAAAAGUCUGAUUUAUGUUUUUUUUUUUUUUAUGUAGCUGAACUUUUUUUUUUUACAUCUUAAGAUGUGAGUGUAGUAAUUAAAGUCAAAUACUCCAAAAGAACAGUUUUAUUAAGUAUGUUCUCAAGAGGUUAAGACUCAAUUUGCUCUUUAAUCAUAACAGAAAAACAGAACUGAGCAAAAUAUGAAAAAAAAAAGAGUAAUGAGCGUGUGAGCACAGAGAUUUAAUGAACCUGGGGAAACUGACAGGUCAAACUGUAAAUGUAAAACUAUCAAGCCCCAGUAACAAACUAGUUUAGUGAAUGUAGCUAAAAGCACGACAGGCUAGCCUUUUAGCGCCCACUCUAAGCUGUAGCUUUGUUUGAUUACAGUCAUGUUCUGACCGCACUUGUACAGUUAGCAUCAAAGUCAAGUUUAGUUUAAACUUAGCUUGUUCCAUGCUAAACCAAGCUAACUCGAAUUGGCACAAAGCUAAAUGCCGACAGAAUCUAAAUUACUUACACCAAUAACAUGAGCCUUUCUUUAAAAGCAAAUGGCAAAUUUAUGUAAAAAUAAGAGAUAAAAAUAUUCCUUGAAUACCAAUUACUACAGCAGCAGACAGUUCAAUAUAAACAUUUUCCUAAAUGUCACACAAUUAUUUGGAUAUGAAAACCAAGUCCAAGAUGCUAUGUUUUAAUUAUGUGUAUUUUUGCUAUUAAAACAGUAAUUUUCUGUGUCUUGUUGUCAAAACCCUGCAUUGAUCCAAACAGAAACCAUUUGUCAGAUUUCCAUCGUGACUUCUUUCCGUUCAACUGUGGGUUAUGCAGACACAGGUCACCACAACCUGACAUUGGACUGAAUGGUAACAAACAAACAAAGUGCAAACUCUCUGGCAGGAAAAUUAGAUUGGGGGAAAGAGACAGUAAUGCCACUAAAACACUUGAGUGUGUCAGGACGAAGAGUGGAACCGGGAAAAAGGGGAGAAGAAAAUCUGCUCUGGAAAAAGAAGGAAAGUAGAUGUAAGUAAUCCCGUCAAUGUCCUUGGAGACUGGAAGAACACGAGGACUUUGGGAACGUGUUCAAUAAUGUAUUGAUUUUCUCUUCUUUCUAUAGGGAUUCAUAGGUUAUUAAUGUUUGACAUUUUGCACAACAGAUGCACAACAUUGUAAUUUAGUGCACUCAAACUGCAUCCACUGUUAGUUACAACAUAGUGAUGGAGGCAUGAGUGGGUUUUUUUGGGUUAGAAUUUCAUGUUACUUUAAAAAAUAAUUAAAUUUUUCUGUAUGAACACACACAGAUCAAUCAUGUUGUUUUUGUUAUCAUUGAAGAUCUCUAUCAGACCACUUGUUUCUCUGUUGUAAAUAUAUGAGUGGAGUUGGUGGAGCUCCACAGUCUGGGCUUCAGUGACCGUCUUUGUAUUGUUUGGUUCUUCCAGCAUGGUGAAAAGGAGCUUCGGCCUACCGACUCGCAACAUCUACCUGGGUCUGGCCUGUUUGUCCCUCACCCUCCAUCUGGUGCUGGCAUUUUUCUGUCUCUCUGUCCUCCAGACUGUCUGUGUUCUUCCCUCAUCUUUAUCCUCCUCAUCAUCUGUCACUGGAAUUAAUGCCCAGCACCAUCAGCCCUUCUCCUCCCCCGCCUCCACCUCACACAAACCACCAACAAGCUCUGUCAAAGAUGAAACCCACACCGUGGAUCCAAUCCUAACACACCUCAAAGGUAAAGAUUCCUGGAACGUGACCUUUGAGAAGGAAAAGAAACUAAUUGCAGUUGAAAAAUUGAUUCCAGAGGUGAGAGGUCCCGAUGCACUGGAGGCUCUGUUCAAUCACCCUCUGUACAACCUGCCACAGCCAGAGCUGCAGGAAGACGACUGGUUACUGAAGCUGAAGGAAAGUAAAGAUGUGACAGAUAAAGGAAGUGAGGAGGAAUCGGAGGAAGAGGCCCUUGAUGACAGUCAGUGGCAGAGUGCCAGUCAGGAGGAGGGCUACGACAGAGCCACAUGGACCAGUGACACAACGACUCACCCUCCCUGGCUACGCUUUCACCUGGGCAUCACUCGCUGGGAGCUGUACAACAGGAAGGACCCAACCCUGGUGCAGCUGACUCACUAUCUAGCAACACAACAAAUCCUUGGUGCUGUUCAGAAGACAGGAGGCACUCAGCUCAAACUGAUCAUGUCCUUCCCAAAUUAUGGACAAGCUCUGCUCAAACCUAUGAGGCAGUCCAGAGAUGCAGAGACGGAUGUGAAUCUUUUCUACUUCUCAGACUUUGAAAGACAUAAUGCAGAAAUCGCUGCCUUUCACCUGGACAGAAUCCUGGGUUUUAACAGGAUCCCUCCAGUGGUCGGUCGACUCAUUAAUGUCACUACGGAGAUCCGUGAGAUUACCACUGACCACCGGCUCUCUCGGACCUUCUUUACAUCCCCCGUGGGGAACGUCUGUUUCUACGGCCAGUGUGAGUAUUACUGUUCAACAGAGCAUCCCCUGUGUGGACGACCACAUGAGCUAGAGGUUUCCCUGGCUGCCAUGCUGCCUGACCUGGAACUUGCUCCGCGUAGAUCAUGGAGGUCCCCGUGGAGACGAGCCUACAGCCGCACCAAGCUGGCACAGUGGGAGAAGGACCCAGUUUACUGUGACACAGUCAAACAGACACCUCCCUACAACCAAGGCACCAGACUGGUGGAUCUCAUAGACAUGGCUGUACUGGACUACCUCAUGGGUAACAUGGACAGACAUCACUACGAGACCUUUGAGAAAUUUGGAAAUGAGACGUUUCUACUGCACCUGGAUAACGGACGGGGGUUUGGGCGUCACUCACGAGACGAACCAUCCAUCCUCGCUCCACUGCAACAAUGCUGCAGGAUUCGCCGCUCAACCCUCCUCCGCCUGCGUCUGCUGUCCCGCUCUGGGUUCCGUCUCAGCGACAUGAUGCGGACGUCCCUGGCCCAGGACCCACUGGCAGCUGUGGCCCCUCUUCUGUCAGAACUACAUCUCUCUGCUCUGGACCGGCGCCUGGCCACUGUGCUGCAGAUGGUUCAGACCUGUCAGAAUCAACAUGAUGAUGUCAUUUACCAUGACACUGAAGGAUAUGAUAAAGAAUAUGAUCAACAGCCUGAUUAGGGAUCAAUAAGAACCAUAACUUGUACACUGGUUAUUUUGAUUUAUAGCCUUCUAUUAAAACCUGAGAAUAAAGUUUUUUUUUUUAAGAAAAACAUUAUCUGGUGUCUUUUAUUCAACUAUAUAACGUAAUGAAGGGUAUUAAAUGCGUUCAGUUCUUCAUUCAUGAUAGCUUUAGUCUUCAGAGUUUUAUUAUUUAAAACAAAGAAACCUGGAAUGUAAAUAAACAUUGUUAUAAUUAAUAAUUUCGGUUGUUAAUGUUACCCGUACACUUAAAUGUGAUUGAUAAUCAUAAUAUUAUAUAAUAAUAUAUACAGUAAGUUAUAUAUUCUAUAAAACAUCCGUUGUAACUAACUUUAGCUAACUUUAUUAGCAUUGACUGAGUUGUAUCUUUAAACAAACGCUUCAGUCUGCUGAUAGCUCACAAAGCUUCACAAACUAUAUACGGUAUCUUAAACGGAUUUUGUCAUUACAUUACUUUAUAAAAUAGUU